AUGAGCCACCAACCUACUGCUGCGGGGGGCGCUCCAGUCGUGCAACUCGACCACCUUUUAUCGCCAAACACUGCUGAUCCUACCAACGCUCCGAACAAUGUCAAGGACAAAAAGUCACAGGAUCCCCUCUUCGGUCCAAACAUUGGCUCUGUCAAUGCUGGGCCUGCAUGGACGUCGACGAUGGACAAGAAAAUUGUAACAGAUGAACUGACGCCGGACAUCGUCAAUGGGUGGAUCGAAAAGAGCAAGGAGUCUUCACAGCCGACAACGACUUUACAGGCGCUGGUGAACCUCAAGCGGCCAACACUGCGUCUAUCUCCCCUAUCUUCCGUCGCAGAAGAUUCUGCGACUCCUACCCCAGGUGAACCGUAUCACCAGCAUCACCACGGCCUCGAGUUUGAAUAUGAUUGCGACGCACCGAAGUGCGGUAUAUAUGUUCACGUUUACCUUCCCAAAGCCCACCCAGAUGCACCACCCGCACCCCCACAUCACCCCUUUUCGAGACUGCUCGUAUUCGAAUCGGUCGUCGAGGGCGGGUUUGCAAGCCACCUGACAUUAGAUGAUGGCGCCCUUCUUGAGCUGGGGCGGUUUGAACAUAUACCGGCUGCUUCAACAUCUUCCGAUGCAACCGGCGCGUCUACUGCUCCGGCUGACGCCCUCCCAGGCACCAAGCCGACAAACGAUGAUCACCCGAGCGAUUUAUCAGCCAACCCGGCCGCUUCAUCUGAAGUAGGCACAACCGGUCGACAGAAUCGUCGUCGGUUUUCUCGUUUCCACUUUCGCAGGCGAUCCCUGAACCGCAGUAUCUCGGGGCCAGCUUUGGCCGUUGUUGACGCUGAACCUGCUGCGCAAGAGACAAAGAACAAGAAUGGGAAAGAUGGCGAAAAUGAAGGCGUUAAAGUGACCAUCCGAUUGGCGGCACUUGAUGAGCAAGCGACCGAGCUUGCCUCCCCCAAUGAACAAAUUACGUAUCUGCACAUCGUUCGUCUUGGAGCCAAGCCUGCUGACGCAGAGGAAGGCACUGAGGAUACAAGGCCUUGGGUCGUCAAAGUUGUGAAGCGCGAAGCUACCAUCGGCCCACACACUUUCCACCUGCACGAGAUUUUUGGAUUGACAUCCGCGGCUAACCACGCUGCUACGCCUGUAACACCGUCAUCACCUACACACACAUAUCCUCCUAUAGACCAUGCACAAGGCGCAGACGAAGACAGCCCACAGUCGGAGUGCCUCCUCUGCCUUUCAUCCCCACGGGAAGUCGUGCUUCUCCCUUGCCGUCAUCUUGUUGCGUGCAAGGACUGCGCACUUAACAUGGUGGAAUUUGGAGCUGGCGGAAAUAUUACGCAGGGAGUGGCGGAGCCUGCGGUCCCCGCUGUUGCUGGCGAGACCGGUGCCCCUGCGACGCCUGGGGCCCCUGCUACUCCUCCAGCCAAUCAGAGAAGGAAGAGGAAGGCGAAAGGGUGGUUUUGUCCCAUUUGUCGACAACCCUAUACGUCACUCCUACGAAUUACCACGGCGCCUCCACCGCCAUUGGAGGAUAAAGGUGACUCUGAGACGGAAGACGAAGCGCCCCCUGCUGAGCCUGAGACUGCAGAGACGCCGACGACGGAAGUCCGGAGUGGAGGUUUGCUUGGAGGAUCUUUGCGACCUGGGUUCUUGAGGGGCUUGAGUCUUUCGAGAAAUCCGCAACAGACGGUCAGACCUGAUAUUGAAAGUACUGCUGGAUUGGGGAGGGUUGGAGUGUGA